GAUAAUACAAAUCUAGUGAAUCUAGAUGUGAAUAAUGUCCACAAAUCCCAUCGGUAACAAUGUCUCUAAUCCUGCUAAUCCGGGCUUGGGCAUCAGACAUUUGCAAUACACUCUUCUCUUCACCGGAGCUGUAGUUGUAUAUGGAAUGCGUACAGUUCUAAUGGUAGCCAUAGUAGCAAUGACCGACCAGCACCAACCUAACACAACCUACCCGACUUACCCCGAAUGGAUCGACGACAAAAACGUGAUAAUAUCCGCAUUCUCCUGGGGCCACGUUUGGUUCCAAAUCCUGGCCGGCCAGGUGGCCAAAAACCACGGUCCCAAGUACUUCCUAGCGGCAGCCAUAGCUGCAUCUUCGAUGUGCAUCCUGCUGGUGCCUUGGGCGAGCGCCCAGCUGGGCUACAAAGGCGUGAUAGCCCUGCGGGCGAUCGAGGGCGCCUGCCACGGCGUCCUCUUCCCCUCGGUGCAUUACAUGCUGAGCAAAUGGGCGCCCAAAUCGGAGCGCGCCCAAUGGGGCAGUUUCGUUUACGCCGGUCAGGUGUUGGGGAAUUGCCUGGCAAUGCCGGUGACUGGUUUGUUGUGCGCCAGUAAAUUCGGAUGGCCUUCUGCUUUUUAUUUCUACGGUUCAAUUUCGUUGGUUUGGACUGCGUUAUGGACGAUUGUCGGAUCGAACACACCAGCUUCGGAUGGUCGGAUAUCGGCUGAAGAAAAAGCGUGGUUGGAGGUGUUGAUGGUGGAUAAAGAGCAGAUCGAGAGGCCUCCGACGCCGUGGAAAUCCAUUUUCACUUCGGCGCCGUUUUUGGCUGUUGUGGUUACUCAUUGCGGGCAAAAUUGGGGAUUUUGGACGUUGCUCAGCGAGAUACCGAGUUUCAUGAAAUCCGUGAUGCAUUAUAAAAUAGCUUCUAACAGCUUGCUGUCAGCUCUUCCCUACUUCGUAAUGUGGAUCAUGAACCUCGUUCUAAGCCCUAUAGCUGAUUAUAUAAUUUAUAAAGGAUAUGUGCCUCUGAUAACGAGUAGAAAAAUCUUCAAUUCUAUAGGCUUCUUCAUACCAGCGUUGGCUCUGAUUUCAAUAACGUUCAUCCAAAGCGAUAAUAGAGCGUUAAUUGAAACUAUUUUGGUGAUAACAGUAGCAUUUAAUGCUGGACAUUAUAGUGGUUUCAACAUCAACCACAUAGAUUUAUCACCAACGUUCGCCGGAACUUUAAUGGGCAUCACCAAUAGCAUAUCUGCUGUGUUCACCAUUAUGGCACCUUUAGCAGUCGAUGGGGUGAAGCAUAUAAGCGGUUACACCGAGGUGGAUAAAGAGUUGUGGAAUAUAAUUUUCGGAAUAUCCGCCGGGUUUUACUUGAUGUCCGGGUGCGUUUUUAUCGCCUUCGGUUCCGGGGAUGUUCAGAGUUGGAAUUAUCCUGUUGAUUUGUAGGAUAAAUAAAUAAAUUUGAGUUAAUAAUGUAGUGGUGAGAUAGCGAUUUAUUGUAAUUUGUGCGUUGUAAAGGUAAUUAUUCAGUUUUUAUCUCGUGGAAAAAAUUAACAUAAUAAUCCAAUAAAUUUGAAUGAUUUUUUUUGACAAUAUCUACAAAAACCAUUUAAAUUAUCGAGAUUAAUUCUGAUAAAUUACUGAUAUACGUCACAUCAAAUAUGAAAACGAUCAUUAUUCAAUAACACUUAAUGCAAAUAAAUUAUUAUACUUACUCCUAUACAGAAAACAUUAAUUUUAUUAAACAUUAGUGAUGAAUUAAACUAUUAUAAACAUGUAACUAUUAAAUAUUUU